AUGUCGAGCACAGAGAAGAAGUCAAAGGAGGCGCAGCUCAACCGCACCUCGCACAAGUUCCAGACCAACGAUGUCGUGCUUGCCAAAGUGCGCGGAUUCCCAGCAUGGCCGGGUAUCGUCAUGGACGACGCCAACGUUCCUCAAGCUGUGCUCAAGGAGCGACCCCAGAUUAAGCACCGCGACCUCUACACCAUCCGCUUCUUCCCCGCCGCCGACUACCACUGGGCCUUCUCCAAGGAUCUGGAGCUGCUAGGCAAGGAUAAGAUCGACGCCUUCCUCGCCGGGCCAAAUCGCAAGAAAGGCGACCUUCGACAGGCGUACGAGCUGGCACGUGAUCCUCACUCGUGGAACGAGGAGCAGAACACGGUCGUUCGCAACUACGAGCAGUCGUUGCAGGAUGCGGCCGACGAGGAGGAGGAAAACCAGGACCAGCUCGAGGAAGAGGAUGAAGACGACGAGGAAGUGUCGAGCAAGAAGAGGAAACGCGCUCCGGAGACGGGCAAGGUGCGCGAGAGCGCCGACAAGCGCAACAAGAAGUCCAAGGUGGCCGAAGCCGCUGCCAAGCCCAAGUCCGAAAAGCCAGCCAGCAAGGCCGCCGCCGCCGCUGCGGCCAACGGCGACGAUAAGGAGGAGCACCUCGACCCAGAGACCAAGAAGGUCAAGGAGUGGCGACACAAGGUGCAAAAGGUGUUCCUCGGCAAGGAGGGCACCAUCCACGCAGAUGACAUGCCCGGGGCGGACGCCACGUUCAAGACAGUCGAGGAGUACGAUGGCAUGACGGCCGAGCAUCUGCGCACCACCAAGAUCGGCAAGGUGAUGAAGCGCGUCAUGCAGCUGAGCGACAUUCCGAGGGACGACGAGUUCCACUUCAAGGAGCGCGCAGAGAAGCUGUGCGCAAAGUGGGGAGCUAUUAUGGCCGGCGGCGAUGCCGCGCCCAAGGAGGAGGGCGCCAGCGGGGAGGUCAAGGAGAACGGCGACGCGGCGGCACACGCUGAGCCAACGGAACCCAAGAGCGAGCCCGAGGCUGCUGCUGCGCCACCUGCUGCUGAGGCGCCAGCCGAGUCGGCUUAG